AUUAGUACAAUAGGGCCAUCUGUAUUAGUAUCCACUUCCUCAACUGCAUCCUCUACUUCACCUGUACUUCUACUUCACCUGCAUCCUCCUCAUCACCUACACCCUUCCUCAUCUGCUUCCUCUACCUCAACUGCAUCCUCUACUUCACCUGCAUCCUCUUCCUCACCUGCAUACACUUCUGCACCUGUAUCUUCCUCAUCAUCUGCAUCUUCAACCUCACCUGCAUCCACUCCCUCACUUGCAUCCUUUAUCUCACCUGCAUCCCCUACCUCACCUCAUCCUCCUCAUCACCUGCAUCCUUUUCCUCACCUACAUCCUCUUCCUCACCUCAUCCUCCUCAUCGCCUGCAUACUUUUCCUUACCUGCAUCCUUUUCCUCACCUACAUCCUCUUCCUCACCUGUAUACUCUUCUGCACCUGUAUCUUCCUCAUCAUCUGCAUCCCCUACCUCACCUGCAUCCACUCUCUCACUUGCAUCCUUUAUCUCACCUGCAUCCCCUACCUCACCUCAUCCUCCUCAUCACCUGCAUUCUUUUCCUCACCUACAUCCUCUUCCUCACCUGCAUCAUUUUCCUCAACUAUAUCCCCUACCUCACCUGCAUCCUCCUCAUCACCUGCAUCCUUUUCCUCACCUGCAUCCUCUUCCUCACCUGCAUCCUCGUCCUCACCUACUACCUCUUCCUCGCCUGCAUCCUCUACCUCACCUGCAUCCUCUUUCUCACCUACAUCCUCUAUUUUCCCCACAUCCUCUACCUCACCUACAUCAUCGUCCUCACCUGCAUCCUCUACCUCACCUAAAUCCCCUACCUCACCUGCAUCCUCCUCAUCACCUGCAUCCUCUUCCUCACCUCUGUCCGUCCGUCAGUCCGGAUUAAUGUUAUAGGCAUAGAUUGUGUAAAGAUAAGUUCCCUGUCCAUAUAAUUUGUUGGUAUGUUACGUUAAGAUUACACUUAUUGAUUAUUAAAUGGGCCUUCUGUGCCUUCAUGUAGAUACCACAUGCUUGCAUUCUGCCGAUGAACACUGAUGUUCUCCACUUCUACAAAUCGCUCUAGAUAAGAGUGCCUGCUGAGGGACUGUUAUGUAAUGUGUAUAAAUGUGGAGACAUUGAGGGUACACACUGUAAGGCAGAAGUAGAUGAGCUAUGAUGUAAUGUGCAUAAAUGUGGAGACUUUGAGGGUAUGCACUGUAAGGCAGAAGUAGAUGAGAUAUGAUGUAACGUGCAUAAAUGUAGAGACUUCGAGGGUACGCACUGUAAGGCAGAAGUAGAUGAGCUAUGAUGUAAUGUGUAUAAAUGUGAAGACAUUGAGGGUACGCACUGUAAGGCAGAAGUAGAUGAGCUAUGAUGUAAUGUGCAUAAAUGUGGAGACUUCGACGGUAUGCACUGUAAGGCAGAAGUAGAUGAGCUAUGAUGUAAUGUGCAUAAAUGUGGAGACUUCAAGGGUACGCACUGUAAGGCAGAAGUGGAUGAGCUGUGAUGUAAUGUGUAUAAAUGUGGAGACAUUUCAACAUAGAUGUGCCUACUGUAUGUUGUUAUAUUCAGCUGUCAACAUUCAAUAUUUAUGUCCAUAGUCCUCCUCUUCUUUCCUUUUUUUUGAAAAUGUGUGUAAUGUGAGGCUGUUUGCCAGUGGGAUUUCAAUAGUUGCAGUUUGAACCAUUGAGCAGCAACAAAUUAGACUCGUUUAUAAACUAAACCAGUGAAAAUAAAACUCUAUCGUAAUGGGACUUGGGCUUCUGCUUUUGCAGGCAGUUCAUUUACAAUGUUACAAUGUGUUAUAAUGUCUUGCAGCUACUGGCUUUGGGAAGACUACCAAUAGUUUAUCUUCACUCAGAUAAAUAUGGAAUUAACCAUAAAAUGUAUGUCUUAAUAAAUUCAAAUGGCCAAUGUGUGACAGAA